CCUAACUAAAGAACAGAUGAAUACAUAAAUAAAUAACCACAGUUUUUGUCCGAUGUGAAGUAUUCAUGUGAAAUAAAAGUAAAUUUCUUGAUAAUUAAAUAAAAUGGAAGAUUCAGCUAUAGUUGUGAAGGCCAAGCCCGCUAGGAAAGUAUUUAAAUCCAAAAAAAUCACCAAAGUUCCAGAUUACUUCUCACAAGAUCCUAAGUUGAAGGCAGCUAUUGAAGGUCUUCCUAAGAAUUAUUCCUUCGAAAUACCGAAAACUUUAUGGAGGAUAAAAGAAACUGAUUCAAAAGUCGUAGCUCUUCAAAUGCCUGAGGGUUUACUUCUUUAUGCAACUACAAUUGCCGAUAUAAUUGAAGAAUUCACUGGUGCUGAAACAAUAAUUAUGGGAGAUGUAACUUAUGGUGCUUGUUGUAUUGAUGAUUUGACUGCUAAAAGUUUGGGGGUGGACUUGCUUGUACAUUAUGGUCAUAGUUGUUUAGUGCCUCUUGAUCAAACUAAAGGGGUGAAUGUCUUAUAUAUUUUCGUCGACAUCAGGAUAGAUCCCUUACAUUUUUUGGAAACGAUUAAAUUAAACUUUCCAACAGGUUCUAAACUGAGCUUAGUAAGUACAAUACAGUUCUUGGCUACAUUACAUAGCAUAGCAAAUCAGUUAAAAGAAAUUGGAUAUGAUGUAAUUCUUCCCCAGUCCAAACCUUUAUCUGCUGGUGAAAUUCUAGGUUGUACUGCACCUGUUUUACGUUGUACUGAUGCCAUAAUUUACUUAGGAGAUGGAAGAUUUCACCUGGAAGCAAUAAUGAUAGCGAAUCCUAAAGUUCAAGCUUAUAGAUAUGAUCCAUAUGAGAAAAAUUUUACGAAGGAAUAUUAUGAUUAUGAUUUGAUGAAUUCAAUUAGAAAAAAAUGUGUAGAUGAUAGCAAAAAUUCUGGAAAGUUCGGUAUUAUAAUGGGGACUCUAGGUAGACAGGGAAAUCCAAAAGUUGUUGAACAUUUAAGGAAACGUUUAGAAGAAAAUAAUAAAAAAGCUGUGAUUAUUCUUUUAUCAGAAGUUUUCCCAAAAAAAUUAGAACUCUUUCCUCAGCUAGAGUCAUUCGUUCAGAUUGCAUGCCCUAGGUUGUCAAUUGAUUGGGGUUUAUCAUUCAAAAAACCUCUUUUAACUCCCUAUGAAUUGUCGGUAGUGAUAGGAGACUCAAAAUGGCAUUCAGAUAAAAGCUACCCUAUGGACUUUUAUGCUUCAGCUAGUUUAGGUCCAUGGACUCCUAACCAUAAACCUGGGGAAACUAAUACCGAAGCAUGCUGUGGAAAGUGUGCUUAAACAUGUAAAUUUCAAAGAAAUAUCAUCCAUUGUUAUUUUUAUUGAAUUGAACAUAUUUUGAUUUUAAAAUUCAAGAGUUCAAAGAGAUGUACAUAAUUAUAUUUAUUUAUGUAAUUAAAGGUGGCUAAUGAUUAAUGAA